GCGCAGGCGCAGUAGGUGAUCCCUGGCAGUCCCUGAACACGUGGGUUGGGCUGUCCCGCGCGGCCGCGGGGAGAGUGCAGCCUCGGGUUUGGCGGUGUCCAUCGUGGGCAGCGGACUAAUAAAGGCCAUGGCGCCGGCGGAAAUUCUGAACGGGAAGGUGGUCUCCGCGCACAUAAGGGAGAGACUGAAGAGUCAAGUCACUCAGAUGAAGGUGCAAGUACCUGGUUUCACACCAGGCCUAGCCAUUCUACAGGUCGGCGACAGAGAUGAUUCCAAUCUUUAUAUAAACGUGAAACUGAAGGCUGCUGAGGAGAUUGGGAUCAAAGCCACACACAUUAAGCUACCAAGAACAGCCACAGAAUUUGAGGUGUUAAACCACAUUAUAUCUUUGAAUGAAGACGCUACUGUGCAUGGGUUCAUCGUGCAGCUGCCUUUAGAUUCAGAGAAUUCCAUUAACACUGAAGCAGUGAUCAAUGCUAUUGCACCAGAAAAGGAUGUGGAUGGGUUGACCAGUGUCAGUGCUGGGAAACUUGCUAGAGGCGACUUGAAGGACUGCUUCAUUCCUUGUACACCUAAGGGAUGCUUGGAACUCAUCAAAGAGACAGGGGUGCAGAUUGCUGGAAGGCACGCUGUGGUGGUCGGGCGAAGCAAAAUAGUAGGGGCCCCGAUGCAUGACUUACUUCUGUGGAACAAUGCCACUGUGACCACCUGCCACUCCAAGACGGCCAAUCUGGAUAAGGAGGUAAAUAAAGGUGACAUUCUGGUUGUUGCAACUGGUCAUCCUGAGAUGGUGAAAGGGGAGUGGAUCAAACCUGGGGCCAUCGUCAUCGACUGUGGGAUCAAUUAUGUUCCAGAUGAUACAAAGCCAAACGGGAGAAAAGUUGUGGGUGACGUGGCAUACAGCGAGGCUCGGGAGCGCGCAGCCUUCAUUACCCCUGUUCCUGGUGGCGUUGGGCCCAUGACGGUUGCCAUGCUCAUGCAGAGCACGGUGGAGAGUGCAAAGCGUUUCCUGGAGAAGUUUCAGCCAGGAAAGUGGAUAAUUCAGUAUAAUCAACUUAACCUCAAGAUACCUGUUCCAAGCGACAUUGAUAUAUCACGAUCUUGCAAACCGAAGCCCAUUGGUAAGCUGGCUCGAGAAAUUGGUCUGCUGCCAGAAGAGGUAGAAUUAUAUGGUGAAACCAAGGCCAAAGUCCUGCUGUCAGCGCUGAACCGCCUGAAGCACCAGGCUGAUGGGAAAUAUGUGGUGGUGACCGGAAUAACUCCGACGCCCCUGGGGGAAGGGAAGAGCACGACCACCAUUGGGUUGGUGCAAGCCCUAGGCGCCCACCUCCACCAGAAUGUCUUCGCAUGUGUGCGGCAGCCGUCUCAAGGCCCCACCUUUGGGAUAAAAGGUGGCGCUGCAGGAGGUGGCUAUUCGCAGGUCAUUCCUAUGGAAGAGUUUAAUCUCCACCUCACUGGUGACAUCCACGCCAUCACUGCAGCGAAUAACCUGGUUGCUGCAGCCAUUGAUGCUCGAAUAUUCCAUGAAUUGACCCAGACAGACAAGGCUCUCUUUAAUCGUUUGGUGCCGUCAGUAAAUGGAAUGAGGAAAUUCUCUGAUAUCCAAGUCCGAAGGUUAAGGAGACUAGGCAUUGAAAAGACUGACCCUACCACACUGACAGAUGAAGAGAUAAACAGAUUCGCAAGGUUGGACAUCGAUCCAGAAACCAUAACUUGGCAAAGAGUGCUGGACACCAACGACAGGUUCCUGAGGAAGAUCACGAUUGGACAGGCUCCCACAGAGAAGGGGCACACGCGGACGGCCCAGUUUGAUAUCUCUGUAGCGAGUGAAAUCAUGGCUGUCCUGGCUCUCACCAGUUCCCUAGAAGACAUGAGAGAAAGACUGGGCAAAAUGGUGGUGGCAUCCAGCAAGAAAGGGGAGCCCGUCAGUGCUGAGGACCUGGGAGUGAGUGGCGCGUUGGCGGUGCUUAUGAAGGAUGCCAUCAAGCCCAACCUCAUGCAGACGUUAGAGGGCACCCCAGUGUUUGUCCACGCCGGCCCAUUUGCCAACAUCGCACACGGGAAUUCCUCAAUCAUCGCAGAUCGGAUCGCCCUCAAGCUGGUUGGCCCAGAAGGAUUUGUAGUGACGGAAGCAGGAUUUGGAGCCGACAUUGGAAUGGAGAAGUUCUUCAACAUCAAGUGCCGGUACUCUGGUCUCCAGCCUCACGUGGUGGUGCUGGUUGCCACCAUCAGAGCACUGAAGAUGCACGGGGGCGGCCCCACGGUCACUGCUGGACUGCCUCUUCCCAAGGCUUAUGUAGAGGAGAACCUGGAGCUGGUGGAAAAAGGCUUCAGUAACUUGAAGAAGCAAAUAGAAAAUGCCAGAAUGUUUGGAGUGCCGGUGGUAGUGGCCGUGAAUGUGUUCAAGACCGACACUGAGGCUGAGCUAGACCUCGUGAUCCGCCUGGCCAGGGAACACGGGGCUUUCGAUGCCGUGAAGUGCACGCACUGGGCGGAAGGGGGCAAGGGCGCUGUGGCCCUGGCUCAGUCCGUGCAGAGGGCAGCGCAGGCGCCCAGCAGCUUCCAGCUCCUCUAUGACCUCCAGCUCCCAGUGGAGGACAAAAUCAGGAUCAUUGCGCAGAAGAUCUAUGGGGCUGACGACAUUGAACUGCUCCCCGAAGCGCAGCACAAAGUGGACAUCUACACGAGGCAGGGUUUCGGGAAUCUACCCAUCUGCAUGGCCAAAACACACUUGUCCUUGUCUCACAACCCAGAACUAAAAGGCGUGCCCACGGACUUCAUCCUGCCCAUUCGUGACAUCCGCGCCAGCGUCGGGGCAGGUUUCCUGUACCCUUUAGUGGGAGCGAUGAGCACAAUGCCUGGACUCCCCACCAGGCCCUGUUUUUAUGAUAUUGAUUUGGACCCUGAAACUGAACAGGUGAAUGGACUAUUCUAAAUAGAUCAGUCAUCUUCAAGAAGCUACGUUGGAAGUGUAGCUGUGUCCGUUCAGGCCCGUUAGGAAGUGUGGGGAAGUGGGAGAGUCGGCCCCACCCUGAAGAGCUUUUGGAAUAAAUGGUGGGAGUUUCCCCAGAAGCCUUUCCAGCCUUAAUUCUCAUCCUGUAUAAAUUGACACAAAUCAUGCACACGUCUGUUUACUUUAGUGAAGAUCCACAGAAUAAAAAGAAAUAAUUUUGCUA